AGCUCCCCGCCCCGGCUCCCCUCUGAUCGUACCCUGUGUGGGCUCCAGCAGAGCUCUGUCGUGCUCAGUUUGAAAUAGACACUUUCUUUUUUAUUUCGUUUGUAUUGCUGUUGUCAGUACUAUUGGUAGUAGUUUUUUUAAACUCUAGUUUCUGCGGGUGAAUUCGUGUUAUUAAUAUCCGUCGUUAGUAUUGUAAUAGCGAAUAUCAAGGCGGCGGAAUGAGUAUCGAAGUCCCGCCCGGGCUGACGGAGCUCUUGCAGGGCUACACGGUGGAGGUGUUGCGGCAGAGGCCUCCGGACCUGGUCGAGUUCGCGAUCCAGUAUUUCACCCGGAUCAGGGAGACCCGCAACCAGGACGGGACCGGGCCCGGCGGCGUGAAGCCGCUCCUCAAGGAGGUGAAGAUUUCCGAAGCCGAGCCCAUGCAGACCGAGUCGACCGGGGACGAUGACGAGGAGGACGAUUCCGAUUUCGAACCUCCGGUCAUCAACAGGUUCAGCAGGAGAGUCUCAGUGUGUGCGGAGGCCUUUAACCCCGAUGAGGAGGAGGAGGAUACUGAACCCCGAGUCGUGCACCCCAAAACAGACGAGCAGCGCUGUCGGCUGCAGGAGGCCUGCCUGGACAUCCUGCUCUUCAAAAGCCUCGACCCAGAGCAGAUGUCUCAGGUUCUUGAUGCCAUGUUUGAGCACAGGGUCCAGCCGCAGGAGCACGUCAUCGACCAGGGUGACGAUGGAGACAACUUCUACGUGAUCGAGAGGGGCGUGUAUGAUAUCUUGGUGCUGAAGGGUGAGCAGAGUGUAUGCGUAGGGCAGUACAAUAAUAGGGGCAGCUUCGGAGAACUAGCGCUCAUGUACAACACACCGCGCGCUGCAACUAUCGUAGCGACCACAGAGGGGGCGCUGUGGGGCCUGGACCGUGUGACGUUCCGACGGCUCGUCCUCAAGAACAACGCCAAGAAGAGGAAGACCUACGAGACCUUCGUCGAGUCUGUGCCCCUGCUCAAAUCACUGGAGUUGCAAGAGAGGAUGAAGAUUGUGGAUGUGAUUGGUGUGAAGAACUACCAGGACGGGGAGCGCAUCAUCACUCAGACGAAGGCAGACCACCAGGACAAUGCGGAGGUAGAGAUUGCUCGCUGCUCGCAUGGACAGUAUUUCGGGGAGCUGGCCCUCGUCACCAACAAGCCCAGAGCCGCCUCUGCCUACGCUGUGGGGGACGUCAAGUGCUUGAUAAUGGAUGUCCAGGCGUUCGAGCGGCUGCUGGGCUCCUGCAAGGAGAUCAUGAAGAGGAACAUCUCGCACUAUGAGGAGCAGCUGGUGGCGCUGUUCGGAUCCAGCAUGGACCUGCGGGACUAGAGCCCCGAGUCCACAUCGCUGCCACCACCACCGUUGCUGCUGCUGCCUGUGCCUUCACUACCCACAGAGACGAGAGACAUCUUACCAAACCAGAGACCCUGACCACAGACCUCAUGCCAAACUAUAGAAAGAGACCCUGUACCCUGACCCAGAGACCACGUCCAACUGUAGAGAGACUGACACAUCUUACCAAACCAGAGACCCUGACCACAGACCUCAUGCCAAACUAUAGAAAGAGACCCUGUACCCUGACCCAGAGACCACGUCCAACUGUAGAGAGACUGACACAUCUUACCAAACCAGAGACCCUGACCACAGACCUCAUGCCAAACUAUAGAAAGAGACCCUGUACCCUGACCCAGAGACCACGUCCAACUGUAGAGAGACUGACACAUCUUACCAAACCAGAGACCCUGACCACAGACCUCAUGCCAAACUAUAGAAAGAGACCCUGUACCCUGACCCAGAGACCACGUCCAACUGUAGAGAGACUGACACAUCUUACCAAACCAGAGAAGUUCUGACCCAUAGACAGCGAGACAUCUUACCAGACCAGAGAUGAACAGAGACAUCUUACCAGACUAGAGAGGAACAGAAAGAGACAGCAGCUUCCUGGUACCCUGGCCAGACUGUAGAGGAAUGUGGAGUUCUGUUUUUAAUGUGCUUGAAGUGGUACUGCACGCUUCCCUUGAGUCAGAGUGGGGCUGGCAUCCCCUUUAACAUCGGGGGAGGGCAGAAGAUAAACAUUUCCUUUCAUUUUAAGGAGAAUUCUUUUUUUU